AUGAAUCCUCACCAAAAGAGUAAGAUCGAUGUGAGCAAACUAUCUCCCGACGAGCAACGUCUUUUCCGCCUCUAUGGCAAAAUUCCAUCCAAAGUCAACCACCUGGCCAAGAUCAUGAAAGAUCGAAAAUACUUCGACUCGGGAGACUAUGCUCUCUCCAAAGCCGGAAAGGCUGACUCUGUUGACACUGGCAGCGUUGGGUCUCAACAUCCUGUUCCGGAAAAUAUUCCGCAUCUCUCCUCUCCCAGUAUCGGGAGCGGGGGCCAGAUCGGCAGCUCCAGCAUCCACCACAUAACAGGUACUUCAGGCCUGCAAUGCAGUAGUCCGAUCAAGGAGAGCAGCAACUUAAACCGAGAAAUGAACUUUGAUCAGGCAGAAGACACGGAGACUAAAGAGGCAACUCCAGCAAAAGAUGAAAAUACCCCACUACCAGUUCCAUCAGUUGAGAGCCUUCCUAGCCAAGGCUAG